AUGGCUAGCGUCUUACUUGUCCUCUUUAUUGUGUCUGGCUUAGCUCAAGCCCAAGUGUCAGCACUUCCGCAAUGCGCUGUUGGUUGUGCAAAUCAAGCUGCAACGAAAGUCGGCUGCUCUACCACCGAUGCUGUGUGUCUGUGCAAAACUUCGUUUGCAUCGACAGUGCUGCAAUGUGCUGGUGCCACAUCUUGUAAUGAAGCAGACCAAACCAAGGUCUCCGACAUUCUCGAGCAACUUUGCAGUCCAGUCGGUGGUGGUCCCGUAUCUGCAUCUCGCUCGUCUCCUCCCGCUUCGUCAUCUUCCAACUCAGUUUCUCAAAUUAUCACUGUUACGACGACUGUCACCUCAAUCUCACCACCAUUUACCACGACAUUCACCACCAAAGUGUCUGUCACAUCCAAUGGACCCACUGUUAUACCGCCACCUAUCAGUCCUAGUCUCAGCAGCCCACGCCCUUCUUCGGCUAGCUUGAGCGGAAGUACGCCAUCGAGUAGUGGUACUCAGGCUCCAAAUCGCGCCGCCAUUGCAGUUGACCACAACAAUGUUAUCAGUUUUACCCUGGCUUCCAUUCUUAGCUUGUUGAUAGCCUUGCUGUAG